AUGACUGCCCUCUUCAAUUUCCAAUCCCUUCUCCUCGUUAUCGUCCUGAUCAUCUGUACAAGUGCCUACGCCCAUUCGAUAAUGCCGGGCAUUAUGGACCGCAACCAGAACGGGCUUUUUUCGACUAACUUCUCUCUGUUGGUGGAAUAUGUACAGCUUUUUCGGGAUAUUCUGGAAAUGCGCCCGGGUUGGGGAACGGCUAAGCCCGUACGUCAGUUUGUGUUGUUUGACGAUGGCGGAUUAGAUUUUUCGGAACAUGGCAAUCAAAUUUUUGAAAUUUCCGCAUGA